GGGUGGGGUGGGGGUCUAAAAAAAAGAUUUUUAGAAAGAGUUUAGGAAGCGCGAGCUGUCAUACGUGGGGGCGCGAGGCACGGGCCGCGGAGCAUCACCGACCGCCGUGUGUGAGUGUGUUUUGAUCUUCAAGACGAGUUAAGAAAAAAAAAAUAUAUAAACAAAUGAAUAAAUAAGUGAAGAGGUGCACGAGGCAUUCCGAUGGUGUAGCGACUUCAAGGUGCAUCUAAAGAUUGAAGAUUAUUUGCAAUUUUUAUUCCAGGAUAAAUAUUUUGCUGGCAACAAGUGGGAUUUUUUGUUGUUGUUGUUAUUGUUGUUGAAACAAAAAUAAAUAAAUGGAGGAGCGGAAGGAUCCGUCCGAGCGCGAGAGCGCGUCCCCUCCGGUUCUAGUGCGCGAGGCGGCGCCGCAGGUUCACCGCACCACGAACUUCUUCAUCGACAACAUCCUGCGGCCCGACUUCGGCUGCAAGCGCGAGCUCCUCUCGAGCAGGGAAAACGUCAGCCCGCUGGUCGCGAGGCCGUCGUCACGCGCGGACUCCACCGUCGAUCACCGCAGUUCAUCGUCUUCUUCCUCUUCGUCUUCUUCUUCCUCAUCUCCGUCUUCUUCGUCCUCUUCGCCGUCGUCGUCGUCGUCCAAGGUGUUGCUCGAAGCAAGCACGAAGUGCGGGGACGGCUCGAAUCUCACGGAGGUGAACGGCGGGACCGGAGGCGGAGGCGGAGGCGCAGCAUCUACAGCAACAGUAACAACAACCACAACCUCGGCGUCGACUAAAGACUCGCAACCUCUGCUGUGGCCCGCCUGGGUCUACUGCACGCGCUACUCGGACAGACCCUCAUCCGUUCUUGGACCAGGACCGAGGACCCGGAAGCUGAAGAAGAAGAAGAGCGAAAAGGAGGACAAGCGGCCGCGCACCGCGUUCACGGCCGAGCAGCUGCAGCGUCUCAAGGCGGAGUUUCAGGCGAGUCGCUACAUCACGGAGCAGCGGCGACAGUCCCUCGCGCAGGAGCUCAACCUCAACGAGUCGCAGAUCAAAAUCUGGUUCCAAAACAAGAGAGCCAAGAUCAAGAAGGCGAGCGGCUACAAAAACGGACUGGCACUGCAGCUCAUGGCGCAAGGACUCUACAACCACUCCACCACCACCAUCCAGGAGGAUAAGGAGGACAGCGAGUAGAAAUGCACACGAGCAAAAUGAGGAUGGGGAUUAAUCCUGGUUCAAUAAUAACAACAACAUUAAACCCAUUCAGAAUUUUCUUCUUCUCCUAGAAAUUUAUUUUUAAAAAAUGAUUGGCGCAAAUAUAAGGGGUCCAAGCACCAAAUAUGCUGGAAUCCGCGUAUUAUUAUUAUUAUUAUUAUUAUUAUUAUUAUUAUUAUUAUUAUUAUUAUUAUUAUUAUUAUUUGGAGAAGAAGAUUAUUAUCACUGAUCUCCUCCUCCUUUUCAUCUCCUCAUUUCAUCACUCAGUGAUAUAAAAAAAAACAAGAGACGCUGAAGACGAUUUUUUUCAUGGACGCUGAGCCAAAGCGACCUUCUAACAUGAAGAAGUGGACAAUAAUUCCUUAUUUAAUUCUGUACAAAUAUAUGGACACUAUGAAGAUUUCUAUAAAUAUAAAUAUAAAUAUAUAUAAUAGCCAAAAUUGUAAGAUGUAUAUAUUUAAAAAUUCAGGUAAGGUUGAGACGUGUGUUUUCCUUACUUGCUGGCAAUUUUUCUUUUCUUUUUUUUAUUGUUUCUCUUCCUGUGUCAUACUUUUUAGAUUUUUUUUAUUGCACUGUCCUACAUAUUUUUUUUAAAAAAAGAAAACCUCGCACAAAUUCUUCACCACGACGGAAACUGACCCGAUGCUUCAAACCAAAGAUUUUCACCUGUUUAGGCAUUAUCUUGUCUGAAAUAAUAAAAACAAAAGAAAAAACGAUUAGAAUCAAAGUGUCAUCAAAUUUGG